AUGCGCUCUUCAGCAAUACUCGUUGCGGCUUUGGUGGGAGUUGCUUCGGCUGGCAUGCCCAAAUGGCCUCUUCAGUGGUCGAAAACCGCCAGCGGUGGCUACGGAGGAGGUGUAGGUUCUACAGGCAAACCGCAUCUUGGUCCUGGGCCUGUCUCCGAGAUACCUCAUACGGGAGGUAGCUCCCCAACUACUUAUCCGAAAGAUCAUCAUCCAAAGAAGGAACAUCACAAUUCGGGUGGCAUGUUCCCAUCAGGAGGUAACUUCCCAACUAGUUAUCCGAAAGAUCAUCAUCCAAAGAAGGAACAUCACAAAUCGGGUGGCAUGUUCCCGUCAGGCGGCCCGACGCAACACCGUCCUGAGAAGCACCACCAUAAGCCUACAGACAGCGGCGUUGGGCCAACUGGCCCGCCUCUGACAUCGGGUACUCUCACCACGACGAUUACCAAGACUUCGAACGUGACUAGCACAAUGACUUCCACACUCUACGACACUACCACCCUGACUUCUACAAUCACUAAAUACGUGCCCUGCUCGAGCCCAAUCGCCACAGUCGGAACAUCCACCUAUUACUCGACCUCUUUGACAACAACCUACUCCACUACUACCAUCACUCGGACUAGUACUACAUACGAAGUCAUCUGUCCGUCCACCACCGGUCCAGGCGUCGGCGGACCCGCACCUACAGGUAGCGCAGGCUCUGGACCCACCAGCACUCCCAUUGGCGGUGAAUCCGGCUCCGGCUCGGGCUCAGGUUCUGGCAGUGGCUCUGGCAGUGGCUCGGGCUCGGGCUCGGGUUCAGGCACGGCAUACGGCGCAAUGCCCAGCCUGGGCGGCAGUGGAUCAAAAGGUUAUCCCGGCGUUCCAGGCGGCCCGUCGUACGGCUGCCCGGCAGUCCAGACCGUCACCUCAACAGUCCAAGUCACCGUCACCGUCACCUCCACUGCUGGCGCAGGAGAAGCAGGAGGAUUCGUACCUCAAUCCACCAGCGGCUCUGGAUCUGGCGCUCCUCCUCCACCACCACCAAACGGCCCCUUCUCGACGCAAUCUGGCGCAGCUCCUUUCCCAUUUCCCGGCGGACCUGGCUCGGUGAACCCAUUCCCCAGCGGCACGGGCGCUCCAAGCACACACCUACCACCAAAGGGCGCAGGAAUUCCUAGCGGGGGGUAUGCCAAGAAAACGGGGUGGGCGAAGAUGAACCCAUUUCCCAGCGGCAUGGGCGCUCCAAGCGCACACCUACCACCAAAGGGGGCAGGAAUUCCUAGCGGGGGGUAUGCCAAGAAAACGGGGUGGGCGAAGAUGGGUGGCUAUUGA